AUGACCGACAUCGAGAAGGUCGAUAUCAACGAGUAUACCGGGCCCAGACAGUCUUCCGCGACUCUCUCGGACACCGCGGUGGACGCACAGAGCACACAAGCCCACUCCGUCUCCUCCCCAUUCCCGGACGGUGGUCUCCACGCGUGGCUCACUGUCCUCGGCGCCUUCCUCGCUUUGUUCUGCUCCUUCGGCCAGCUCAACUCAUUCGGCACAUUCCAAGCGGUUUACGAAGACCACCAGCUCCAGCACCUGCCUGCCUCCACGAUCUCAUGGAUCGGCUCUCUGCAGCUAUGGGUCUUCUUCUUCUCCGGCGGGUUUGUUGGACGCCUAUUUGAUGCGUUUGGCCCACGGCCAAUCAUGAUCAUCGGAACUCUCAUUCUCGUCUUCGGCACGAUGAUGACGAGCCUGUCCAGCCAAUACUACCAGUUCAUCCUCGCACAAGGUAUCCUCGUCGGAGUCGGCAUUGGGGCGGUAUUCUAUCCCGGCUUGGCAGCCAUCUCCACGUACUUUCAGAAGUACCGCAGCACCGCGCUCGGGGUCGCCCUCGCAGGCUCCGGCGUGGGCGGAGUCGUGUGGCCGAUCAUGUACCAACAGCUCUUCGCGCACGUCGGUUUCGCGUGGACCGUGCGCAUCACUGGCUUUGCCACACUCGCGCUCUGCGGGAUCGCCAUCGCGAUGAUCUUCCGCGACUUCACCUUCAUGCUCGUCAUCGUCGGGAGCAUCCUCGUCUGCCUCGGCCUCUUCAUCCCCUUCUUCUACAUCGUCGACUAUUCCACCGCCCACGGAGUGGCGCCGCAGACGGCCUUCUAUGUGCUCUCCGUCAUGAACGCAGGCGGGAUCCUCGGACGCCUCGUGCCGCCCGUGCUCUCCGACGCCCUCGGCCGCUUCAACAUCAUAAUCCCCUGCGCCCUGUUCACGGGGCUGUCGAUGCUCCUGUUCUGGCCGUUCGCGACGAGCCUGGUCGCGAUCAUGCUGUUCGCGGCGGUGUACGGCUUCUUCAGCGGGGCGUUCAACGCGCUGGUCAUCCCCGUCGUCGCCCAGAUCUCGGACAUUCGCGAGAUCGGCACACGCGUCGGCGUGCUGUAUACCAUCAUCUCCGUCCCGUGCAGCGUUGUGUGGAGGCCCCGCGCGGGCGCGAUCCUCAAGGCGAAUGGGGGCAGUUUCCUCGGGAUGAUGAUUCUCGGCGGGUCGGCCGUCGUCGGCGGGUCGCUCUUCCUCGUCUGGGCGCGCUUAACGCUCGACCGCCAGCUCUCCGCGCGGGUAUAG